AUGGGCGAGGAGGAAGUGGAGCUAGACUUGCCUUGGAAGGCGGCGCUAGACGACGAAACGUUCGCGGAUCUGGGAUAUGCUACGCACGCUACGAGCUCCAUGAGUCUGGAGCCGAGUCAGAGACAAGAACAUCCGCCCAGCCAGCCACCGAGCACUGGUGCAAGCACCACCCAGCGGUUCAAGCGCAAGAACUUUAGUAAACAACUGCAGCUGUUAAGUCUACAACGCUAUGCUCAAUAUGCGAAGGACUUUGGCCGGAUCCCGGAUAAACAAGAGACGCAGCAACUUUUGCAGCAGAGUCACCUGCAGUUUCUUAAAGAGGGCGGCGAACCCGAUGAACCCAAGCCGACUUACGCCGAGUUUUUAAAGCUUAUAAGAAAUCGACGCAGCGAGAUUAAUGCAAGGGCACAACGCCCGCCUAAACAGAUCAAAGACGAUCAAGAGGCGUCCAAGAAAGCGGCGCUGACACCCGCUAAAAGGAAGUUAGAAGAGGAAAGAGCCAAGAUCCGCGAGUUUAUUGAGAUUAUUGACAGAACGCGGGAGCAGACAGGGUUGAUACCAGAUCCGCAACACCAGAAUCGACGUGUAAGACCACUGCAUUCGGCGCAGCACCAGACAACAGUUGAUAUGGUAAUGGUGCCUGGGAUGGAAGGCUUGCCAUCGCUGACUCCAGACCCGAUGGAGCAAAUGGAAGCCAUUUUACAGAUUCACCAAGAAACGCGUGAAGUUCAACGUGAAAUUGCGGCCAGAUUGCGAACAAUUAGUCGCGUCAUCAGACAGCAUGAAGGCCAUGGAGAUAUGGAGGAGCCAUCCAGUGCCAGCGUGUGA